AUGCCUUUGAACCACCUCAAUGAGUUCGGGUACAACAAGACCACAUGGUUUAUUUGGCUGAAACAAGAGAAGACCUUCAAGUAUUUGUUCAAGGAACUUGGGCUCACCUCCUAUGGUGUUGAAAUUACAGCGUUUAUUGGAGAUCGUCAAUUGAAGAAGUUGACUGGUGUUAAAAGCAAGGAGAUGAUGAUUUGGAUUACUCUUUUUGAUGUUUUUGUGGAUGCUAAGAAAGGUCGUAGCAAAAUUUAUUGUAGUGAUUCAAUGGGACUGUCAAAGAGCUACCCGGUGACAACAGUUGAAGAUGAGCCCAAGGAGUUGAAAUGA